AUGUUGGUGAAGUCGACCCUGUCGGCCCUGUGGCUGGCCACGCGAGCUUGGGGUGCCGCCCAGGCAGAGGAGGAUGGAACCGUCAAGAGCAUAGGGCUGAGGACACAUACCCUCGUACAGCCGUACCUCGACUCGGACAUGCAAAGCCGGUGGUAUGACUUUGGAGGCGACACAAUUGUCCGGACGGACCAAUAUAUCCGCUUGACUACCGAUCACCCGUCGCAGAGUGGGUGGCUAUACUCGCGGGUGCCGCUGACUGCGACGAACUGGGAGAUUGAGGUCGAGUUCAAGAUUCACGGAAAGAACCAGCUGUAUGGCGACGGCUUCGCCAUGUGGCUCACCAAGGAGCGCGGGAAGCAAGGACCCGUGUUUGGCAACGCGGACAAGUUCGAGGGCCUGGGCAUCUUCUUCGACACGUACAAAAACAACCGACCCGGAGUGGUGUUCCCCUACGUCGUGGCCAUGGUCGGAGACGGCAAGACAACAUACGACAAGGACACGGACGGCAAGGAGACCGAGUUCGCCGGCUGCUCGGCCAGGGGCAUCCGGCACGCCAGUGUGCCCACCAAGUUCCGUCUGACGUACUUCCAGGACAAGUACCUCAAGCUGGAGCUGCAGUACAAGACCGAGGGCGAGUGGUCGCUGUGCUUCGAGACCAACGAGCCGCCGGCCAUCCCACAGGUCGCCUACCUCGGCUUCAGCGCUGAGACGGGCGAGCUGAGCGACAACCACGACAUCAUCUCCAUCAACGCCAAGAACCUGUACACGUCCCAGCCCACCAGCCGGCCUACCCCUGGAAGUGGCAGGGGAAGGAAGUCGGCUUCCCGGGAGGGCGGCAGCUGGUCCUGGUUCUUGUUCAAGACGUUGCUCUUCUUCCUGGCCGUCGGCGGCGGUUAUGCUGGCUACACAGCCUGGAGAGCCAACAACAAGCGGAGCCACCGGUUCUAG